GAUCUAAAACUAGAUCGAUCUAGUCUAGAUCUCCUGAUCUAUUUUAAUUUAGCAGCAUAUGCAGCAGCAAUCUAGAGAGUCUAGACUGCUUAAUCAACAAAGUAGUAAAUGGUGGCAAAUGAUGGCUGUUAGGUGUCUCAUAAGCAAGAGAUGUCUGCAUCAAACAAUGUGCAUUUCUUUUAGAAAAAUAUUUCGACACUUAAGAUGCUUCUGGAAAUUUAUUGAAAAAAACAGAUAUAGAAUCAGCAUAGCUUUUUCACUGUUGUUUGCCAUUUUAAACAUAAUUACAUACAGUUGUGGUUGUCAAGGUGUGAAAUCCUACCUUGACCCUGUACAACUGACUCAUGGAUAUGUUCCUGUUUUUCCACAUCACUAUUUCCAUAAACCAUCCAUACUAAAUUAUAGUGACUCCAUGUCAAGGACUGAAAAGAUUGACAUUUACUUGCAUAACCAUGUUGCACAAAAUAUACUGGCUGAGAAGAUCACACCUGUUGUUCAUGUUAUUUGGUGUGACAAAGGUCCAUUUACUUUUACUCAUUUCUUAUCAGUGUUAUCUGCUUUUAAAACCAUCAGCCCAUCUGUUUUAAAUUUACAUUUGAUCAAAGAACCUGAUCUAGAUCCAGAUGGGUAUUUUCAAUUUCUUCCUGACCUAGAGAGGGAUCUUCCACCAUUGGUGAAAAAGAAAUUAGAAAACACAGAUGCAUGUUAUGGAGAUUAUCAGGACAAAUUAUUAACCUAUCUAAAUUUGUUAGGUACUCUAGGCGGAGUGGUUAUCGAUGGCAGAACUGUUAUUUCCCCAUCUAAAGCUGUAAAAUCCAUGCUUAAAAGUAAAAUCACUGUAGCUGUGCAGGCUAAUGGCAGCUCUCAGCCAUUAAUAGUCAUGGCUCAGUCCAAUGUCUUGAAAGACAUUCCUAGUAAAUAUAAGUUAAACUCUUAUCUUGAGUCACAAGCUGCUGAUUAUUUAAAAUGUGAGACAGUUAGGCUGUUUUCUAUAGCCUCCAUACAUCCUUGUGCCUAUGUUGAUGAAGAUAUAUUUCCCAUCAUCAUUUUCAACAGUUCUUCAGAUUUUGACCAUCUUGCAAGAUGGAUUGCAUAUGGCACUUCAAAAAAACUUGUUUCUAUGCCUGCUGAGAAAAAUAUUGUGCCAAAUAUUGUUCACUAUGUUUGGCUAGGGGAACGCACCUUGGAUUUUUUCUCAUACCUCAGUUUGCUCAGCAGUCUCCAUGUAUUGAAUGCUGAUGCUGUCUACAUCCAUGGAAACUCAAAGCCUUUGGGAAACCUUUGGAAGGAAGCACAAAAAAACACACGAGUAAAAUUUGUUAACAGAGAUUUUCCUGAUUCCGUUUAUGGUGAACCAAUAAAACUAUACGCUUCACAUGCUAGUGAUUAUCUUCGUGCUGAUAUUUUGUUGCGGUAUGGGGGCAUCUAUGCAGAUUGGGAUGUAAUCUUUCUUCAAAAACUCCCAACUUCCUUGAAGAGACACAAUACUACAGCCAAUGUUGACUGGCCAGAAACAGGAGCUUUCCCUGAUGUGUUUAACCUAGGUGUGUUAGUGGCUGCACCAGGAGCUCCAUAUCUUAGGCAUUUUCUUGAGUCUUACAGGUGGUAUUUGGACAGGCAUUGGUCUUACAAUGCCAUUCACAUGCCAUACAAGGUCUAUGAGAAGCAACCUCAUUCGCUGAACAUAAACAGACAUUUACAAAUUUUAUGUGCAAAUGAUAAAUGUCAUGCCCCUUGGCUGAAAGAUUACAAGACAGAGGAAGUUGACCAUCUUAAUUCUGGCCAGCUGAACUGGCACACUGAUGCUUUGGCCAUUCACUGGACUCAUCCUGACCCUGUUGAGUUUAAAAGCAAAGAAAAUCUGCUGCAGUCAACAUCAAUAACAGGCGAAAUAGGAAAAUUCGUUUUGAAAAAGGCUAAAUUAAUUUUAUAGAGUUUUUGCCUACAAGUUGUAAAAUAGUUUUAAAUAUAUUCUACAUGGAAAUUUAUCAAUCAAUGAUUUUUAAAAAAUGCUCAUACAUUCAUGAUCUCCAUCAACAAGUCAAAUGAUGCUGCAUUGGUGUGUAAACAAAUGUAAACAAUCAAAAUAAUUUGAUAUUAUUUAAUACAUUGUAUUUUUAAAAUCCUUUUUGUUUUACUGAACUCCACAUACAUAUUUAUAAUAGAUCUAACAAAGUAUAAUUUGUAACUGAUACCUUAAAAAACAACGAACAAAGUAUUUUUCUUCAUCAUUUGGUUGUUUAAACCUUACUGCAGUGGCUAUAGUCUUUUAGCCUUACAUUUAUUCAUCCAGUUUCAGAUUGUGCCCUUUUUUAAAUUCCUUCCAAGAUAGAGAUAGAUGUUCUGUUUUGGGUGGUUUUAUUUUUCCAGUGCUUUAUCUAAUGCUGUCGUCCAGUUUUAAACCUUGGAUGGUUGUGUAAAUUCUUUUUCUCUUUGCCCAAUAAGAGUACUCUUGUCAGCAGUGGAAUACUGCAUGCAUUCCAGGUUGUUAACUCCUCUUGGCUAAUUGCUUGAUUUGCUGUUAGUCAAAUUGCUAGAAUCUUUUUAAAUAAGCAAUUUGAUAAUUUGAUAAAAUCUAGUGUUUCUUCAAAUGGUAUAUAACUAAAGCAAUGUUAUUUUUAUUGUAUUAUUUUUU